AAAUUCAAAAAAAAGCCGUGUUUUAAAAAAACACAAACCUUGGAAAAAGAAAAAAAAAGUUUCCUACUUUAAUAACUCUCCCCGUAGAACAAAUCCUUCAAAUUCCCGCAACUUUUCAUCCAAUCAAAAGCCAAAGUUUCAGAUCAUAACUCUGAUACAAAUUCCACUAACCAAGAACCUUUUUUUUCAAUUAUUUUUGGUUUCUUGCUCAGUUUUUUCUUUUGUUGUUGGAAGAGUCUGUCUUUUGCCGCUGUUUAUUUCUUGUUUUUCAAUUUGAUUUUUUUUUUUUUAAUUUUUUUAUACUUUUAACAGUUUUUGUUUUCUGGGGAUUGUGGUUGUGGGUAUGAACAAUAACUGGAGAAGACAAAAGGGUGAAGUUCAUCAUCAAGAAAUGCAAGGAACAAGAUCACAUAGCAGAAAGCCACCACUUGCUACUUGGCAACCAACUGUGCCUUCAUGGGAGAAGAAGUUUUGCACAUUGGUAGGCUCUGUUCCGUGGCGGAAGCUUCUCGAGACCAAGAGGUUUAUGUAUCUUUAUGACAACGUAGUCAAGUGGAAUGAUUCAGCUGGUGAAGAGGCAUUCCAUAAUGCUAAGAACCGGUUUUGGGCUGAGAUUAAUGGCCUUCCUUGUGACAUAAGACUCCCAGAUCCUGAUAGUUAUAUUGAUAAAAUAGAUUGGGACUCCGAAAUCGAUCCUGAGCUGCUUCUGGACUUGGAGAGGGAGCCCAAGGCUCCUGACGAGAAGGAUAAAAGUGAGAAUGUUGUGAUCCUUGGUAAAUCUCUUAUUUUGAAUCAGUCAUUUUCCUGUGGCGGUUGGGGGGAUGCUGAAGAGGGUGUAGCAAAGGAGAAUAACAUGUCUUCAAAUUGGAAAAACGAAGGCUAUGAAAAUUCUUGGGAGCAUAAUUGUACCAUUAAUGGCAACAUGAAAGAUACCGGAUAUGGGAACUGUUGGACUAAUUCUUGGGAAUGGAACCAAAGGGAGAAUAACUAUAAUGAGUGGGACAACAAUGAAUCCAACUAUGUGGAUUGUAGAAGGGGUGGAGAUUGGGGAGUAUGGCGUGUUACUAGAAGAAAGAGAGAAGGCGCUGGUCAGUACAUGUCAAGGUAUAAAACCUCAAGGUUUCAUGGUUAUAACCGUCAAAAUAAUCCUGGAUGGAGGAAUGUGAGAGGAAGGCAGAGGAUAAAUUUCGUGCAUGAACGACCACCUGUGGAUUCGACACACUGGAACUCUGUGAAUUAUUGUGGGUGGGUCAAUUAAUCGUAAUGAAUUUGGCAAAGCACGAGUUUCUAUUGGAUUGGGAGAGGCAAGUUUUGUAAUUAUAAAUAUAAAGUCCCAAGCAUAUAGUAUAUAAUGCUGUAGAUUGUAGGUCUCAAUAUUGUUUUAUUUGUUGCUUUGUGUUGGAAUGUAUAGCAUAAAAUAUGAUCACAACAGCUUGCUAAAGUCCCUGUUAUCUGCGGUUUAUGUCGCAGUUUUGUAGUUGUCUUCUUCGUAAGGCUUGUCGGAAGUUUUGAAUAUUAUUUGUAGUCCUGAGAAUGGUUGUUACGUGAUAUAUUUGUUAAUUGGAUUUAU